CUAGCCUAUGCCUAGCCAGUGGUGGCAGUGGUGUGGUAGCAUUGGAUGCAGACAGCUGACAGCCAGUGUAGCAGUAAGUGGGAGUGAGCAUGUUCAGUUGGAUUGGAGUCUUGAGUUGGACCAGUUGAACUCAGUGGAUGCUGGAUGUAGUUAAUCGAUAUAGAUUGCAGAGUGGACGCUCAGUGGUUGUUAAAACUUAAAAGUUAAGCGUUUGUUUAACCCCAAUUUGUUCAAGUCUAGUGAUCCAGUGAUUGACUUACAAAUCUCUCAAAAGUAGAUUUUCUACGUUUCCUUUUUGUGAUAGCGACGUCUAAAAUCGGAAAAAUGUCGCGAGUGAAUAUUAUUCUAGCGUGUAGCUUAUUGGUGUUGUUGCCCGGUAUUCCUUACACACAAGGCAUGCAGUGUGAUCUGUUGAUUGGUAGUACCUGCCCAUCGCUUUUCAGCUCUCCUGAUGCGAACUUUUGCUGUCCUGAAAGUAAUGGCAGGGAAAGAUGUUGCACAAAAGAGGAAUUUUUCUUCACACCCGGAUCGUAUCAGGUUGUGUUACCUAUUAUCCUCGGAGUUUCGGCCCUCGUUGUAAUAUUUAUAUGUUGCGUUUGCUGUGCUUGCUGCAGAAAAAAACGCGAACGGGGUGCAGUUUAUGCAGUUAGAGGACCGAGUACUAUUGUGCAAGUGAAUCAAAAUCCGCCAGCAAACUAUGGACAAAAUCCCUAUCCUCCGGCACAACCAGCAGGUAUGCCCCAGCCUCCACCAGCUUAUACAAAUGAGGUUUACUCGAAGCAGUCUCCGUACAAUCCUAAUUAUCCUAACCCAUAAGGAAACUGUACAAAAGCUUUUUUUACUGCAACCAAAACGUUAUUAAAUACCUCGUCUUAAAUCAACCAAAGGCUUCUUCGAUAUACUUUCAUUCACGGGAGGAAAGGCAAGUCCUUAGGGCCGAAUUUUAAGACUAACGAGGGGACCUUUAGGUCUGAUUUCUUUUUGUUUCAAAUGAUACUCUCCUCAAUGAAAGGUACAUACCAGAGGUUUUCUGAGAAAAAUGAAGAAGACACAAUUUUGGCCCGUUUUCGAGAAAAAUACACUUUAAAAAUGGCGAGCGGGUGUAAAAGUAUUUCGAAGACGCGGUAGCUCCCUGGUAGAGCGCUCGUCUGAUAGCUGAAAAGUUGCGCGUUCCAUUCUCGCCUUCUUUUCGCUUUUUUUAUUGGUCAAAAUGCUCGUUUAUUCCAUUUAUAAUUAAAAUUUAAUAUAAUUAUGCUAUUUUAUUGAAAUUCUUUAACUUCAAUAGUUUCUAGUAUUUAUAGUUUUAAAUUAAAGUAGGAACAAUGUGUUUCAAAUGAACAUUUCAAUAAUAAAUACGAAAUGCCAGUGGAUGCAGUGACUCAUUUCACAAACAUUUACUAACAAGAAUCAGAAGAGUCUUGAAAGUGGAUUUUCACGUAUUAAAGAUAAUUGUCUAUUAUUAAUGUUUUUUUUUAGUUUACUGAAAACAAUUUAAUUUUGUAUUUAUUGUUGAAUAUUUUAUUUGUAACACUUUUUUCCUUCUUUUUUUAAUAUAAAAACGUAAAUUGCAAACUAUUGAAGAAUUAAGAAUUUUGAAAAAAUGCACAAUUGUUUCAACGAGUGAUAAUAAAAAUACGAUAAAAAGUUUUUAUUGAAAAUAAAGAAUAAAUAAUCAUCAAAUGUCAUAAGCUAGUAUUUUAAUAAAUCAGCCAAGAGCUCUUCUUGAUUUUUCUCAGAAAAUCUCUGGUAUGUACCUUCCAUUGAAGAGAGUAUCAAUUAAAAAAAAAAGUUGACAGAAAAAACCCCUUGCAAGUUGCUAUUUCCAUCAAUGAGACUAAUUAUUAAAAAUAGUAUACGUCUGCGCCCAAUCUGAAUGUAAGGUACAGUUAAUUGAUUGUUGGUCGACAGUGGAGAAAGGACCAAACCUAUUUUUCUUGGUAUGUAUUUUUUGUAGAGCCUUUCAACUAUUCAGCGAUUUUCGUUUAUAGUUUUGAGACAUAUUAGUUUAAUGACGUUGGAACUUGCUAUUAGAACAAUAAAUCCAAUUCAAAUGAUAUUUUAUGUAAUCAUAUCUAAAAUUUAUUCUAUUAUUCGGAGAAGAUCCAGGAUUCUUCGACAGUAUUUUCGAUGUUAGUAAAGUAAGUUUAAAAUGCGAGCCAUUUCCUCGUAGUUGAAAAAGUUCUUCCUAAAUUUUUCCACUUUUCAUGGAGAGUGAUUGAUGAGAGGGUUACUUAUUAUUAUUUUUUUUUCAAAUCAAAAAUAUUUUCUAUUUUUGUAACACGAAAGCAAAGAUCUUUCAAGUGACAGUUGCCUGUGAUGUACGCAUUAAGAUUUGUAUGUUGUGUUUACGGUGUUCAGAAUGUAAACUGACAGAAGGAAUAAAGGAAGUGCUUUGAUAAAAA